AUGUAUUCAACAGAAUGGCAAAAGAGAGGUGUACCACAUAUUGAUAUUCUUUUAUGGCUACAGCAUCACAUUACUCCGGAUCAAAUCGACAAUGUUAUUUGUGCUGAAAUACCCGAUCUCAUACGUGACCCUCAGCUUCACGAAAUCGUUAAAUAUAAUAUGAUUCAUGGCCCUUGUGACUGUUUUAAUCGAAAUUCACCAUUACAAGAGACGGUCAACCGUGGAUUUUCCGUCAAUAUCAAAGGUGUAAAUAUAGAUAAUCGUUGGAUAGUUCCUUAUAAUCCAUUACUGUUAAGAACAUGUAACGCUCACGUCAAUGUGGAAUAUUGCAGUUCGGUGAAGUCCAUAAAAUAUGUGUGCAAAUACGUAAAUAAGGGCUCGGAUCAGGCUUCAUUUGCCUUAGAAAAUGAGAAAGACGAAAUAAAAACUUACGAAAGUGGACGAUAUAUAAGUUCAUCAGAAGCCGUGUGGCGAAUCCUUGAAUUUCCAAUUCAUGAGCGUUUCCCUACCGUUGUUCACUUUGCUGUCCAUUUAGAAAAUGGACAAAGGGUUUACUUUAAUGAACAAAACCUACAUGACAGAGUGAAUAGUCCUCCUACAACUACACUUCUCUCAUUUUUUAAUUUGUGUAAAGUGGAUGACUUUGCAAAAAAUUUGCUUUACCCAGAAGUACCUGCAUAUUACGUUUGGGACAAAAAAAAGUUCCAAAGAAGGUAG